UUUCUUCCCACGCAUUUUGUUUCUCUGAUAUAACAAAAACUAUUAGAGAUUAGAGAAGAAUUAAAGACGAUCGAUAAUAGAGAUUGGUUGCAACAAUGGAUGAAGAGUAUGAUGUGAUUGUUCUUGGUACUGGUCUCAAGGAGUGUAUUCUUAGUGGUCUCCUCUCUGUCGAUGGCCUCAAGGUACUGCAUAUGGAUAGAAACGACUACUAUGGAGGAGAAUCAAGCUCUCUUAACCUCACUCAGCUAUGGAAGCGUUUCAGGGGAAGUGACACUCCUGAAGAAAAUCUUGGAGCAAUUAGAGAAUACAAUGUCGAUAUGAUCCCAAAGUUUAUAAUGGCUAAUGGACUCCUUGUUCAAACCCUAAUCCACACUGAUGUCACCAAGUAUCUUAACUUCAAAGCCGUUGAUGGCAGCUUCGUCUACAAUAAGGGCAAGAUCUAUAAAGUCCCAGCCACUGAUGUGGAAGCCCUAAAGUCGCCAUUGAUGGGACUAUUCGAGAAACGACGUGCGAGAAAGUUCUUCAUCUAUGUGCAAGACUACGAUGAGAAGGAUCCUAAGUCUCACGAAGGACUUGACCUUAGCAAAGUCACUGCUAGAGAGAUCAUCUCGAAGUACGGACUUGAAGAUGAUACAAUCGACUUCAUCGGUCAUGCCUUAGCGCUUCACAAUGACGAUGACUACUUGGACCAACCAGCCAUUGAUUUUGUUAAGAGAAUCAAGCUCUACGCAGAGUCCUUGGCUCGAUUCCAAGGAGGAUCUCCUUACAUCUACCCAUUGUAUGGUCUAGGAGAGUUGCCUCAGGCUUUUGCACGUUUGAGCGCUGUGUAUGGAGGGACUUACAUGCUGAACAAGCCUGAAUGCAAGGUUGAGUUUGAUGGCUCCGGAAAAGCUAUCGGUGUCACUUCUGCAGGAGAAACUGCUAAAUGCAAGAAAGUUGUCUGUGAUCCUUCUUACUUGUCUGACAAGGUUAAGAAAGUUGGGAAAGUGGCUCGAGCGGUGUGUAUAAUGAGCCAUCCUAUUCCAGACACCAACGACGCUCACUCGGUCCAAAUCAUUCUUCCACAGAAGCAGCUCGGACGCAAAUCAGACAUGUACUUGUUCUGUUGCUCAUACGCUCACAACGUAGCACCAAAGGGCAAAUACAUUGCUUUUGUCUCUGCAGAAGCUGAGACUGAUAAUCCAGAAGAAGAGCUUAAACCUGGAAUUGAAUUGCUUGGACCUAUUGAUGAGAUUUUCUACCAUUCUUAUGACACAUACGUUCCGACCAAUAAGCAAGAAGAAGACAACUGCUUCAUCUCUGGUGUAAGUGAAUAUCUAGUCUCAAUUUUUUUUUUUGUUUCCUACAUGUCUUUGCUUUCUUUUCUUGAUGUUACUUUGUUUUUAUUUUCUUAUCAGACUUAUGAUGCAACAACACAUUUCGAGAGUACAGUGGUGGAUGUACUAGAGAUGUACACCAAGAUCACUGGGAAGACUCUUGAUUUGUCUGUGGACUUGAGUGCUGCGAGUGCUACUGCAGAAAAAUGAUAAUUUUCUUUUGUUAUUUUGGCUGAGUGGUUUUAAAACUGCAAGUGACUCCUUUUGUUUUCUAUUGGAUAUUUACAAGUAACAGACGCUGUUAAGCUUUUUCUUCAUCUUACUUAUCAUACCGGUUUGUUUUGCUUUCAUUUGUGUUGUUUUAUCUAAGAAAUACUUAAACAUUUCUAAGUCUCUUUAUAUUAUGAUAGAUUAGUUAUACUACAUGACAUCAAAUUUGGAAAAAUAAUCAAAUUUAAUAUCAAACUAGAUCUAAAUGUAACAAUUCACGUGAAACAAACCUCACUUUCUAUAGGAAAUUGCAGUACAAAGUGAAUAAUCUAACUAUAUCUCAAUGUUAAUCUGAACUGUAAAUUACCGGAAAAAUAA